AUGCGGGGAAUUUACCAGGGAUAUGCAAACUUGAUGUACGCUGUCGGACAAUUCACAGGUCCGAUCUUGGGGUCUGCUUUCCUAGCAUGGAACGAGACUUCAGGAUGGCGUUGGAUGUUUGGCAUCCAAGUGCCCAUGGUGAUCAUUGCAGGCGUUCUUGUGCGCAGGAACGUUCACGAGUUCAGACAGGACCAGCUGCUCGAAAUAGACCCGAAGGAUAGGUUUGCAUGGAAAAACCUUUCGCAGAUUGACUUGCCGGGCUCGUUCCUCUUGAGUUGCGGCAUCAUCUCGAUGUUGAUGAUGUUCAACGUAACAAGUGUGAAGAGCCUACAGAUCUGCAUCGUCUGCUUUGUUUUGAGUGCCACAGCUUUUGCCUUGGUAGAGAAAUACGUCAUGACAGUCCACAUAAUUCCUCCAUCGGCCUUCAAGGGUGUUUUACGUAUAACCGCCUUAGUCAUCUUCUUUGGUGCAGCUGCAAUAUAUGGUAUGAACUACGUGUUGCCUCUUUACUUUCAGAUUGUUCACGACUUCUCGCAAUUCCAGUUGGGGCUUUUCAACUCCUUCGGGGUGUUUGCCGUCUCCUUCGGCUCCCUAAUUGCGGGCUGGUACUUGAAACAUGACGAUGAAAACAUCGGCCCGAACGUUAUCAUAUCGAGGGGCAUCCAUUUAUCAAUUGUGUGCUGUAUGGGCAUUGUCACUGGUGUGUUCCUGUGCAUGUUUGCCGCCUUGAACUUGAAGCCAACUCCAGACAGAUCCGAUCUCACCCCGAAGGUGUACGCAAAACUCUCGAUCUUGUUGCUUGGUUCUAUCAUUUCGUCGAUCGGCUACGGUGCCUUCCUUGUUGCCCUGCUUAUUCUCGUUGUCGGUUUAGUUGGUAUCAAACGUCAGGCCACAGUCACAGGGAUGAACUAUAUGUUCCGAUCCAUGGGACAGAGCUCAGGAGUGGGUAUCACCCUCGGGCUUUAUAAUCACAACCUAUUCAACGAGUUGCAUAAAUAUUUCUCGAAAAAGAGCAAGCCAGAUGGUUCUCAAAUCCUCGAGCGUCUCUUGAGCUCUACCGCGUUCAUCCGCAAUGGACUACCAACAGAGUAUCUUCACAAGGUGUUGAAGAUUUACAGGGAAGCAGUCGGAGAUGCGAUGAUAUUAGUUUUUCUACUUGGUGCUGCUGCUUUCCUGCUGAGUCUGCUUUUAAAGUUACAUUCAACAAAGGAAGAGCCUAACCGAAGGGAGCCAAUCCCUUCUUCUUCUUCCUCCUCCUCCGGAGUCUAG